AUGAAGCAGACAUUUAAACUCACCGAUUAUUUGGGCCCAUUAGCUGUAUCGUCAUGCUUCGUUGUCGCAAUUUUUCUACUCUCCCUGUUCAUUAAUUUCUUUUGGAUUUCUAAGGAGGAUGAAAAAACUAUUUUUGAUAAGUUUGGUUCUCAUUUUGAUAUCCGAUGUGGUAUACAUCGAAUGCGACAUCGUCUUAAAAAGAAUGCGAAGGUGAAGAACAAGCUAAUGGAGAGUUCAUAUGGUUUGGAAGUUGAUACUAUUGUCUAA